UCUUCCUAAUCUCUCAUCAAAGUCUCUCUCUUCUCUCCGUCUUCUUCUUCCUCGUCUUCGUGACUCUGUUUUUAUCUGUGUGCGUGUUUGUGGAGCAUCUCAUAGAGUCAUCAAUGGAGUCAAUCUCUCCAAGAUACCAUGAAUCCCAUAAAGCAAACCCAUCUCUGUUGCCAUCCCCAAACAGCCACAGCUCCAACUGUAGCAGUAGCACCACCACCACCCACAGCAAUGGACUUCAACCCACACCGCCCCAACCCCACCCCAUCACCAGAUCCGAAUCUGCAAACCCAUACCCGACCACCUUCGUUCAAGCUGAUACUUCCUCCUUCAAACAAGUCGUCCAGAUGCUCACCGGAUCCUCCGAAACCGCCAAGCACGCCUCCUCCUCUACCAAACCCACCACCAACGGUCCCGCAUCCGACCCGCCUUCCAAGACCCACAUCCCGCCGAUCAAAUCCGUUAUGCCCAAGAAGCAACAAUCCGGGUUCAAGCUCUACGAGCGCCGAAGCUCCCUUAAAAACUUCAAGAUCAACCCCUUGAUUCCCGUGUUUGCUUCAAACAACUCCGGAUUCUCGCCUCGCAAGCCCGAGAUCCUCUCCCCGAGCAUUCUCGACUUCCCGGCGCUCGCUCUCAGCCCCGUCACGCCGCUCAUACACGACCCCUUUGACCGAUCCGCUUACAUCUCUCCCCAAAGCAACGCCAAUGCUAAGUUGGACACGGUGGCUGAGGAGAAAGCAAUCAAAGAGAAGGGUUUUUACUUGCACCCCUCACCGGCGACGACGCCGAGGGAAUCGGAACCCCGGCUUUUGCCUCUGUUCCCAACGACGUCGCCGAGAGUUUCAGGUUCUUCUUCUUCUUGAAAUAAUUGGUUUUUAACGUUGCUCUAGAUUUAUGUAUUAUAUUGGCAUUGAGGAGGAGGAUAAAGAACGAUAUAUAUGUACUGGGAUGUUUGCGGAGAAUGAGAGCAUCUUGCUUCAAAUUGUAAAAUGUCAUGUCACUCCGAGAGAAAAAAAGGUGAAAUGUAAUCCCUCUCUCCCCCUCCUUCUGGGGUCUACUUUGUUACGCUUGGUUGCCGAGAAAGUUGAGUGAGAAAAAAAUAAUCUUGACUA